AUGUCUCUGGUAAGGCUCUUGGACACGCUGGCGCUGGACUCGUGGGUGCGGAAACCGUUCAGCAUCUUCGGCACGGCGGUGGCCGCCGACGCGUGGCUGGCCAGCGACACGUCGGCGUUCGCCAACACGUACAUCGAGAGCCGGGACACGGCGGGGGCCUACGUGUUCAGCGCCGCGCUCCCGCCCGGCGUGAAGAAGGAGGAGGUGACGGUGGAGGUGGACGAGGGCAACGUGCUCGUCAUCACCGGCGAGCGCAGCGUGUCCCGGGAGGAGCGCGUCGGCGACAGGUGGCACCACGUCGAGCGCUGCUGCGCCAGCUUCCUCGGCAGGUUCCACCUCCCCGACGACGCCGCCGUCGACGGCGUCAGGGCCGCCAUGGACGCCGGCAUGCUCACCGUCACCGUGCCCAAGGUCGGGGCCGCCGCUGCCAUCGCCGCCGCCGAGAAGCCCGCCGAGGCGCCGGUGGCCGUGGAGGCCGGCCCUGCCUGCUGA